AUGGAAACAGGCGAUUAUGCACAAACAAGGGCAAACUUCUUCAUCCGCAACCCAGUAAGCUGCACGGCUCCGAUUUGUUUGGAAAAAUUGGACAACUCACCAUUUCUAUCAGCUACGGGAGUGAUGGGCGAGAUUUUGCUGUACCGUAUCAAACGCCCCCCACCGACCGCAUCAUCCCGCAGUCCAUGGAGCAUAAGCAAUUUUUGCCAACGGCCCAUAAGCUCGGUAAAGAACUUCUUUGGGGUUUUGCUUUUGGAGGAAGCUAGACUUGUUCGCCAUUUUGAUUCACGCCAUAUCGCAGGAGCGUUUGCAACGGAGAGCUUGGAAGAAUGCAAAAGAAAACUUCUGCUCGAAUAUUUGUCCAUCGAUUUAGCCGAAAUUCUUGCCAUGCGUUACAAAGACAACCUUGGACCAUUGGAGGCACCAAAGGCUAUAAAAGCAUCGUUUGACAUACUGAGCGCCCUGGAUUAUCUGCAUACGGAUAUGCUCAUGCUUCAUGGGGAUUUGAAAUCAUUCAACGUUCUAGUGUAUGGAGAUUUUGAAAAUGUCAAAAUUUGUGGACUGGGCUCGAUCUCAAAAAGUUUGAACCCGGAUGGCACCCUGGAUCAUGAUUCAAACCCGGACAAUGAAAAAUUGUGCGUUGGAUUGUGGUCCGCGCCGGAAGCUUUCGAAAAUACGAAUGAAAACAUCACAUCAAAGGUGGACAUAUUUUCAUUCGGUCUGGUCGUUUAUGAAAUGCUCGCAUGCAUGCCACCGCAUACAUUCCCGGGGAUCUUGGACCACAUGAUUGCGGAUUCAGAUGGAAUGAUUGAGGCACACAACGCAGAGGACACAGAGACGGAUAUGUCGGACAGCGUAAAAGAUGGCGAUGACGACCAGGAUGACUUGGAAGAUAAUUUCGAUCGCAGACAUAAACAUAUGCGCGUAAUAGCUCCUUUGUUCGUAAAACGAAACAAAUGCGUCGCGCGUAAACGCCAGUCUAAAAAGGAUGAAACUGGUACCGUAAAAAAGAUCAAGUAUGAUGAAGUUAUCAUUGAUCUUGUGGACGAAGAAGAGCCUACGAAGGAAGCAGCAGCAACACCUGACGAUGGCGGAACUAUCGGGAACGCCAAUGAUGUAAAGGAUCAAGAGCUGGCACUUUCUAAGACUGCAUCUGCAAACGUCGUUAGCGAUACUACAGGAUCCCAACAGGAAGUAAAUGGCAAGGAGAAAAUUGUACCGGAGGGUAUUACCGAAACAGAACAUCCAACAUCAGCCAAACCCAUCACCGCAGAAGAAAAAGCAGAGUUGCCAGUGACAGUAGAGAGCUCCGCCGAGAAUCUACAAGCUGAACAGGAGGAUGGUAAAGGGGAAGUGAAGGAUACCCCAACAGCUUGUUCCAAUAGCAGCACAAAUGAAGCGUCAGAAAAUUUCCCAUCGAAGGUAGAGAAAGCCACUACCUCCACCAAAGGCUCAAAUAUUGCGUUCCAAAAGAAUGCCGAAAAUCCUGUUGCGCUUGCGACCAAACGACAGGAAGAUUCGUCGGAUGUCGUGAUGGUGAUCGACAGCUCGGACGAAGAAAACGAUGUGCCAGUCAAACCGUACGAGGUGAAUAGUUCUGAUAGCAGCAUCCAUAGCUGUAGCUCAGACGAUGAAGGUGCACUUAAUAAUACGGGCGAAUCCCAAAAAUCCUCCCAAAAUUCCAGCAAGUCUUCGGACGGCCCUAAGGAAGAGAUAAUCGCAUGUUGGAAUUUCGAUGGGAAUUAUCUCAACUAUGAGUGUGUCGGCACACGUCCACCAAUUCCGGCUGAGAUAACAUUCGGCAAGGAGUAUAACAUUCUGCUCGAAAUGUUUGUUAUCUGCACCAACCAAGAGAUUGAGUUGCGCCCUAGUGCCGCACAACUCCUGAAAGCUUAUCGGCUGGUGAAUCCUGAAAGCCCCUCGGCUCCUGCUCAACCCUAG